GUUAGUGGCAAUCACAACGGUAAAUUAUAUGAAAAAAUUUACUAAGUUAUUAAUAAAAAAAAAAUAUGCCUGGGAAAAUUUUGGAAAUAAAUGUUUUGAAAUUAAUUUUAUUGUUUAUAUUUAUAAAACAAACAAGUGGACUUACGCUACGUAAUAAUACAGAGCUAUCACUUGACCGCAGAGGAAUAUUAGGAGAUUCCUGUGUAACAGAUGAACAUUGCAGUGGAAUUUUGCAUGCAAAGUGUUCGAAAGAUGAAAUUUGCGUCUGUAGAUCAAAUAAUUUUAUGGUUAAUAACACAUAUUGUCAACCAUCAUUGGGAUCAUUUUGUUGGAAAAACGAAACAUGUUCAGCUAAUCAUUCUUCUUGUAUUGAUAAUGAGUGUCAAUGCAAUAAACAUUAUUUGCAACAAUCAGAUAAUCAAUGCAUCCUAACAAUAGGGUCACCCUGUAGAACUGAUUCCGAUUGUGGCACAAUAAAAUUUUCUUAUUGUUCACCAAACAAAACCUGCAGUUGCUCACUGAACACACUGGCCAUUGAAAAUCAAACAUCAUGCUUACCACUAUUGAACUUAUAUUGCAAGACAGAUGACGAGUGUAAAGUUGAUUACUCAGUAUGUAUCGAUAACGAGUGUCAAUGCAAACCACUGUACGAAACUAUUUCGAACAGUGAAUGUAGAAAACCAUACUUAGGCAUGGCUUGCGAACAUACUUCCUACUGCGACAAAUUAAUAAGCUAUUCAAAAUGUUCUGAAGAUAAACAAUGUAGAUGUGCUUAUCAUCGGUAUACUAUAGACAAUUCAACAUGUGCACCACUAUCCAUCAAAGCAGAAAGCUGUAACAAAGAUACUGACUGUAUUAAUGAAGGACAAGAGUGUUAUAGUAAAAAAUGUGUUUGUAAAAUCAAUUUUUUCCAACUGAAUAGCACAAAGUGUGUAGCACGUUUAUAUGGUUAUUGUUCGAAUAAUGAAGAAUGCUACGUUACGAACUCAAUAUGUGUUUACAAUAGAUGUGUUUGUGACUCUGCAUAUUGGCAGACCUCUCCUCAUACAUGUGAAGCAACUACACUGGGCAAACCAUGUGCAACAGACAAGGAUUGUAGGCACAUCAGAAAAUCACGAUGCUCAGCGGAUAAUGUAUGUAUUUGUAAGAGAAACCACUUUGCGUUGGAUAAGCUACAUUGUGUACCCACUAUCGAUGGAUUUUGUUCAAAAGAUCGAGACUGUUAUGUUAAUUCAUCCCGUUGUUUGGAUAAUCAAUGUCAAUGUAAGAGUAAUUACACAGCAGUAUCCGCAAACCGAUGUGUUGAAACCCACUCGUUGAGUUCUUGUAGUGAUGUUACGGAAUGCAGUGAUUCAUGGCAUGUAUCUUGUUCAAAAGAAGGAAAAUGUGUAUGUGCUUUAAAUAAUAUGCAAGUCAGUUCAUCAACAUGUCUGCCUCUUUUAAACGGAUAUUGUUGGAGAGAUGAUCAAUGUAUGGCUAAUAACUCUGUUUGCAUUGAUUUUCGGUGUCAAUGCACAGAAAGUUUUAUUGCUAUCGCUAAUAAUCGAUGUAUACUAAUUAACUAAAGGUAGUAUCAAUAAACGUGGACCUUCUAUGGCCCAGUCAAAGAAGUUUCAUCGGUGGAGUAGCAGACCUGCGACUUUAUUAGGGGACCAUUGUUAUAUUCAACGAUAAUAAUUACCGCCAAGUAGGGAUUAGUUUUUAAUAUCUUCUAUACUGCACUUCG